AUGGACUUUACUCGUGGCAAGGGCCUGGGUAAGAAAAAUCAUUUUAUCGCUGAGCCCAUUCAGGCUUCUUUGCAUAAGGGUCGACGAGGUUUGGGUCAUAGUAACCAAGCUCUGAUCAAAGCCAUUGGGAAAUGGGAUCCAUCCCAAGAAAUCAUAAGCGUUAGGGAGAAAAUCUACUGGUUGAGAAAUGAUCAGGAACCACCAAUAGCAGAGGAUUUCAGGGGUUGGAUGCGCAGGGCUCCCUGGAAAAAGACCAUUGAUGAUGAAACUUUAUUUUGCGAGCCCCAGAUCCUUCACCAGGUCAUAAGCUCGAAGAGCAUUUUCGAUGGUUUAGAAAAAUCUGAAAUACAAAGGGCGAGGAUUCAUUCGAAUCCCUUUGAAACAAUCAGAGGUGUAUUUUUUCUUAAUCGAGAUGCUGUAAAAAUGGCUAAUAUUGACAGAGCCUGCAAUUUCAUGUUCACUAAUCCAACAACGGCAAAUCCAAAUGAGAUCCUCUACUUCGCCGACGUAUGCGCCGGUCCUGGAGGAUUCAGUGAAUAUGUCCUGUGGAGGAGGAAGUGGCAUGCAAAGGGCUUUGGAUUCACCCUGAGGGGCUCCAACGACUUUCAAUUACAUAACUUUUACGCUGGACCACCAGAAACUUUUCAUCCUUUUUAUGGACCCAAGGGUGAUGGUAAUAUUUAUGAUCUGGAGAAUCAACUCGCCUAUCAACAACUUAUCAUGAAUCAUACCCAAGGACAGGGUGUUCACUUCAUGAUGGCUGAUGGAGGAUUUUCGGUUGAGGGAAUAGAAAGUAUUCAGGAGAUUUUGUCGAAACAGUUAUACUUGUGCCAAUGCCUGGUGGCCCUUAAGAUUGUGCGGACAGGUGGACACUUUGUUACUAAAUUGUUCGAUCUGUUCACACCAUUCAGCGUGGGAUUGAUUUACUUGCUAUACAGAUGCUUUGAAAAAAUAUCAAUUUUCAAGCCGAAUACAUCUAGACCUGGCAACUCUGAAAGGUGUGUAUUGUCUAAUUUUUACAAUAUAAAAUACAUUUUUUUUUUUUGUAAAUUUUCCAAUAAUUUCAUUAAUUUUUCUUUCUCGUGUUCUAGGUACUUGAUUUGCGAGAAGAAGAAGAGUGAAAUUGAGGCUGUGAUCAACUAUCUUUCAUAUGCUAGGGAAGUUCUUCUGAGGGCUGACGGGAACGGCGAUAUCAGGGAAUUGGUACCUGUGGAGUUGCUCCAAGAUGCCGAUAGCUUCUACAACUAUAUUUGUAGUUCCAACAACGAUCUGGGAAGGAAACAAGUGAUGGGACUCUUGAAGAUCGCUGCCUUUGCCGAGAAUCGGAACCUCUCUGAGCCGAAGCAGACGCAGAUGAAGAAGGAGUGUCUUGAAUAUUGGCAUCUACCGGACCAGACUAGAAUAGUCCCCAUGCUCUUGAAACCAGAGGAGAGACUUCGUUCAAUCGUCGUCGAAUCUGUUGUAAAGUACCUGAGCGCUCCUCCCAUGAUUUUGACUUCUAAGAAUGUGACAACGACUAUCCUGGAAAAUCCCUGUGAUUGGUAUGCAGUACUCUGUGGAUCGGAUGCCAGUGGAACAACACCUAGCAAACAAUUGACUUUCUACUUGGGUAUGGGAAGAACCAAUGUCUUUAGGUUGGUGAAGAAUACCUGGGAGAGGGCCGACAAUAUUGAACUGCCUCCUAAUACAUUUGUUUAUGCUGAACUGGUGGAGGAGAUGAGAGGACUGGAAAAUAAUAUCCGGAGAACUGAAGCAUUGCAUAUUGUCGAUGCGUAUCUCCUGGGAGGAGAGGAUGUCAGCAGAAAUUCACUUCCAGAAAGGUAUGCUCUCAUCAAUAAAUUCUGUGAGUCUCUGUGGAAGCCCAAUAACUCUGCAUAUUGUCCAGUUCGUGCCAAGGAAUUGCAUCCUCUGGAUCUUCUCCAGGAGCUGGUCAUAAUCGACUGA